CAACACGCGAUUUGUAAUUGUUGGAUUACAAUUGUGCAAAAUUCGCAUACGUCUGCAUUAUUUGUGAAUUGUUGAGAGCAGCCAGCGCUGAAACAACGCCCAGCAUGCAUCCCGAUCUCACCGAGCGCAUUCUACAACAUCUGGAGAGCGUGGAGAAAGUUGACACUCUGGACCUUGCCACGCAAUUCAAUGUGGACCAUCAGAAAGUUGUUGGCGCUCUGAAGAGCAUCCAGGCACAUGGCGAACUGGUCAGUGCGGAGACGGCCACGCAUAAGACACUCGGACUCACCGACGAGGGACAGUCGGUGGUCGAGCAGGGCAGCCAUGAGGCCAUCGUGUAUGCCUCGGUGCCGUCGGAGGGAAUUCCACAGGCAGCUCUCAUGGCAGCCGGAGGAGCUAACGCCAAGGUGGGUUUCAGCAAGGCCAUGUCCCAGGGCUGGAUACUGCUAGAUAAGAGCGUGAAUCCGCCACUCAUCCGGCGCAAAGUGGAUCAGAUUGUCGACAAUGUGAAGGAGCAACUGGUGCUGGUUGCCAGUGGCAAGUCGCAAUUGUCAGCCAAAGAUGUGGCCGAUUACAAGAAGCGCAAGCUGCUGCAAGAGACGACAACCAAGAGCUUCGUACUGACCAAGGGUCCAGAGUUUGCCACCACGCUGACUAAGCUGGAAACAGAUCUGACCAUGGACAUGCUGUCCAGCGGAUUGUGGGAGCAGCUCAAGUUCAAGGCAUACAACUUUGAUGCUUUGGGGGCGCCUCCGACUCGCGGACAUUUGCAUCCGUUGCUCAAGGUGCGCACCGAGUUUCGUCAAAUAUUUCUUGAGAUGGGCUUCUCGGAGAUGCCCACCAACAACUAUGUGGAAUCAUCGUUCUGGAAUUUUGAUGCACUGUUCCAGCCGCAACAGCAUCCAGCCCGCGAUGCCCAUGACACAUUCUUCAUCAAUCAUCCGGCGCAGAGUCACAAGUUCCCACAGGAAUACUUGCAGCGUGUGAAGGCCGUACACUCGAAUGGCGGUUACGGCUCAUUGGGCUACGGCUACGACUGGAAGCUGGCGGAGGCACAGAAGAAUCUGCUGCGCACACACACAACCGCAGUCAGUGCACGGAUGUUGUUCAAGCUGGCGAACCAGGAAGGCGGCUUCAAGCCAGUCAAGUACUUUAGCAUUGACAAAGUGUUCCGCAAUGAGACACUGGAUGCCACUCAUUUGGCCGAGUUCCACCAGGUGGAGGGUGUCAUUGCUGAUGUGGGUCUAACGCUUGGUGAUCUUAUUGGCACACUGUAUGAGUUCUUCCGUAAAUUGGGCAUCACUCAGUUGGAAUUCAAGCCAGCAUACAAUCCGUAUACGGAGCCAAGCAUGGAGAUCUUUUGCUAUCAUCCGGGUCUGGCCAAAUGGAUUGAAGUGGGCAACUCGGGUGUAUUCCGGCCGGAAAUGCUGCUGCCCAUGGGACUACCGGAGAAUGUGAAUGUCAUUGCCUGGGGACUGUCACUGGAACGGCCAACAAUGAUCAAAUAUGGAAUUAAUAACAUUCGUGAUCUCGUUGGACCGAAAGUCGAUCUAAAAAUGGUGGAGGAGGGACCCAUUUGCCGCUUGGAUCAUGUUUAGUUGCAUUUGCUAUUUUAAUCAUUUGAAAGUAUACUUUGGCGCGAUAACAAUACAAUAAAACACAAUAAACCAAA